AUGCGUUGGAUCCUCGCAGCCACCGUGCUAUUGGCUGCACUGCUGGGCGGCUUCAUCGGCCGACAGCUUGCGCAGGAGAAUCUCGAUGCCCUCGAGCUCCCUGACAGCGUCGACCUGUUGAGCCAGGAGCACUUGGCCGCUCGCAGUGCCUAUGAGCGGCUCUUUGGAGAUGGGCUCGGCCUUGAGGGUGGUGAGCCGAUGACAUGGGAGAUCUUCCAAGAACGCUACAUGGCAGCUGCAUUGCGCGAGAGACUCUCCCGGGCGUUCGGGAAAGCUGACCUACCAGACGCGUUGCCGAGUGGCUUUGUGGAGGAGGUCCGAAAGAAGGAUGCCCCGACCACACUGGAUGGCCAGGUGGAGGCACUUCUGGCCCAGAAGCGUCAAUUCUUCGCAGUAAAGGAGAUGCUGCUGGAAGGUAAAGAGGAACAGAGUUUGACUGCUGGCCCAGUUCCUUGUGGCAGUCCUCUCUAUGAUGAGCAUGUAUAUAGCCAAGUUGACGGCUGCAGUGCCAGCGACACGAAGUCACCCUCAUGCGGCCGGUGGAUGCUUCAAGAAGUGGCCAAUGAAGAAGAGGUGGCAGCAAUGAAGGAAACUGUGCUUCAGGCUUUCAAACAUCUUUUCCACGCAGGGCCUAUGACAUCUUUGGCCGUGGAUUCAAAAGCAUGGCCUUUGCUGUCUGCCAAGAUGCUCACCCAGGACUUGCUGCAGCGCUCAAGGCAGGCCAUCUCGGGUGCUUUGGGAAUUGAGUUGUUCUUCAGCGGCGCUUUGCUGGUUCGGCUCCAGAUCCCUCCCAUUGAAGGUGAUAUGCAGCAGAAUUCUAGCCUUGGCGAUGCAUUCGCAGCACACGUUGACAAGGCCAAUGUUGCCUCGUACGACUGGAGCGCCCUACUCUACUUGAGCUCAGCUGGCAUAGACUUUGAAGGUGGUGAGCUGCUCUUCCUCAACACACAGAAGGACAGCGUCCUAGCUCCUGUGGCUGGGCAACUGGCCUUCUUUAGCUCUGGCUUGGAGAAUGUUCACCGUGUGAAGCCCAUGGUGCGGGGCUGCCGGCUGGUGCUGGCCAUGUGGUUCACCUGCAGCCAAAGGAUCAAGGUGGAAGGUGCAGAAAAACAAAUGUCGCAGACUUGGGCCAAGAAGUCUUGGGAAAGACCCGAGAAAUGGAACUGGGCAUGGGACUCAUGGAGCAAGCCAAGGUCAUAUGGACAGAAAUGGUCCUGGCACUCUCGCAAGGAUAGAGGAGAGAGGCUUCAUGGAUCUACUGAACCCAAAAGACCUGAGGAGCACCCAUUGGCUGAGGACCAGAAAAGAAGUUCGGAGGUGGAGGACUGGAACGACCAGCUCGAGGAUGAGGUCGGUGAUGCAGGCGGUGACACAAAGGACUCAAGCAUAGAAAAGACCCAAGAGGUUCCUCAAGAGGCUGGUCAAGCUGGGGAGGAGCCAGAUCAAGAUGGUGUUCCUAGCUGGUUGAAAGCUUAUUAUGAAAGGAAAGACCUUUCGGAUGGAAAGGGGGUAGAAGCCUCAGAUGAUUGGCAAGCGCAAUCCUAUGUGGAUCCAAGCUGGUUAGUUUGGAAUACAGAGAUGGCGUGGGCUUUUGGUGCUGAGGGUUCUUCAGAAGCGCAAACCAUGUUUGGAGAAGGCUUUGCUUCGCCAUGGCUUUCUUCGGAUGCGUGGAAUACCAAGGAGGGAGAGAGCUCCGAGGCCAAUGAGAAUGCCGCGAAUGCCCAAUGGGAGCGCUCUCAGUGGUGCGGAAAGCGGCACGAAUUGGUGCCCAAGAAGGCAAAUCUCAAGGAGCAGUUCGAGAAAGGUGAGACAAAACUCGAAACUACUUUGAUGCUUAGGAAUGUUCCCAAUGCUUAUGACCGCGAGACCCUGAUGGAAGAGCUUGAUAGUGUUGGCUUUGAAGGAUUAUUCAACUUCCUUUAUUUGCCAAUCGACUCUGCCACAAAGAACAACGUGGGGUAUGCAUUUGUCAACUUUAAAGAUGAAAGCAGUUGCCGAGACUGCAAGAAGAGAAUGGAUGGCUACUUCUUCAAGGGGCAGCCUUACAACAGAAAGAGAGCUGCCAUUGUGUCAGUGGCACACUUGCAAGGCUUAGCAGCCAACUUGGAACACUACAGCCGAACCCAAGUCUUCUAUGCGCCUUUGCCUUGCCAAAGGCCUUGGGUUGCACCAAGUGCUGCCAAAGAGCUGCUUGAGAAAGGAUGUAGUUGGGCCCCGGCCGAUUUUGCCAAGUUGGUCGAAGAUGCAGCGGCCCGUCCGGGCACGCAGCAAGAUGAACAGUCCUUCCACAGAAGACGUAUGCGAGAGCAAUCUGAGCAAUGGUGGCCUAUCUUCACUGAAGCUCAAGCUUAUGAGAUGGCAAUGACCUACUACUUUGCUCCGGAGCUGUUGGGUGAGGAUAGCGGCUUGGCUCAGUACCACAAUCCUGGCCAGAUUUCCCGCGAGCCUGAGGCACCAAGAAGUGAGGAGAAAAGUAGCCAGGACAAGAGUGGUGACCUUGUAGAUCGUUUGUCGCAAAUGUUGAGAACCGGGAGUCAUCAGGUUCCAGUGGACGGUGAGGGUGAGGACGACGCUGACGAGUCACCAGUCGAAAAGACGCAGCCGUGGUUUGGGUGGCCAGAAUUUCUAGACAUGGAGAGAACUUGCUCUUCAACAUCAAAUGUGCCCAAGAACAUGGACUGCGAAGCUGGGGCUCCUCCAGUGCCGUCACUCACCCUGGAACUGCUCAACGUGCCCUUGAGUACCACUGAGUGGGACCUGCGUCAAAUCAUCGAACAUGUUGGAGUUCAUUCCCCAAUCUGGGUGCAAUUUGAGGCAGGUGCAACUCCUGACCAAAGAAGAGUCACAUUGCACUUCAGUAACAAAAUGGACCUGGAGAUUGCAGAUGUUACUUUGAGUGAGACUUGUUGGAAUCCAGAGGAUGGCGGAGCUCGCAUCAAAAUCUACCGCCCAGACGAGGUUCCUUGGACAGUUGCUAUGCCAUGGGAUUUUGCAGGCACAGAUGCAAGUAAGUCUUGGAUUUUUCCACCAAGCAAAGAAGAUGUCAAUGAAGUGAUCAAUGGCCCGGAUAGCGAGGGCAUUUGCCCUGACUCUCCUGCUCCCGCCCGAUCAGAGCAAAGCUUUGGUCGCGAGGAGUUUGAGAAACACUGGCCCAGUAUCUUUGCUGGCAAUUUGCAUGCUAAAUCAUAGGUGUACAAUGAGAUCACCUAGAAGCGGCAGAUGGUAGCACAAGCCCUUGCAUGAGUUGCACAUGUAUAGAUUUGGGGGGAGUGUUCACAGAUUCACACAUUGCACACCUUACCUGAGGAUGACGAUUUGGUUGCCGAUUGGGGGUUAGUUGUGAUUGUUAUUCCAGUCCUUAUAUCAGAGUGGGGCGCCGUCAUUGUGUCGUGGCACAAGUCGGCUGUAUGGUUCCUGCGGUGUUUUUUCAUCCUCAGUGCAUUGCUCUUGAAGUCUUUUUUCACACGAUCAGCACUGUCUCUACUGGGGUCAACUGGAAGGACAGUUGACAGUUGAAUCUUCCACGAAGCGCACGAAGCAGCCAAUGAGGUGCUUAAGAUGGCCAAUGAGAUUUCCCC